AAACACGUCGAAGGCGUUUGAGCUGAAGGCUGCAGCCCGCGCCUCUGCUACAGCGGCGGCACGCAACAAACCAACCCCGGCGCUGUUCGCGUUAACUGCCUGGAGCUGCGGAGGCGGCCGCGCUGUCUGUCUGUCUGUCUGUCGGCUGGAGCUGCGCAGGGCAGAGCGGCUGUUCAGCAGCCCGGAGCUAUGUGAGGAAGUGCAGAAACUCGCACUGGCAGCUUCCACAGCGGCGUUCACCACGGCGGGAAACAUCAAACCUACAGUGUGCAGGGUGGUCAUCUACCUCCAGAGAGACAUGUCGGGAGAGAGCUGCCUGCACCCGCUACGGCCCCAGGCCGACCCCAUCCUCUCCAUCUCUUCAACAGAAUCCCCCAAGACGAAGAGUUGCAGCCAGCGUGGCAUGGCCAGAAGCAAAUACGUCCGCCUCAACGUGGGAGGAGCGCUCUACUAUUCCACCGUGCAGGUGCUCACGCGACAGGACACCCUGCUCAAGUCCAUGUUUAGCGGCAAGAUGGAGGUCUUCACCGACAAGGAAGGUUGGAUUUUGAUAGACCGCUGUGGGAAACACUUUGGUUCGAUUCUCAGCUACUUGCGGGACGGAAGUGUAACUUUGCCCAAGAGCAGGCAGGGGGUCCUGGAGCUUUUCAACGAGGCCAAGUAUUAUCAGAUCCAGGGGCUGGUGGACUUGUGUCAACGUACGCUUCAGGAUAAUAUACAGAAAGCUGUGUGCGUUAUCCCUGUCAUCACGUCUCCAAAGGAAGAGGAGAGAUUGAUACAGGGCUGUACGAGGCCUGCAGUAAAGCUACUUUACAAUCGAGGCAAUAACAAGUAUUCCUACACCAGCAACUCUGAUGAUAACUUGCUCAAGAACAUUGAACUGUUUGAGAAGUUGUCUCUGAGCUACAAUGGGCGUGUGCUGUUCAUUAAGGACGUCAUCGGCGAUGAGAUCUGCUGCUGGUCGUUCUACGGGCAGGGCCGCAAAUUAGCAGAAGUUUGCUGCACAUCCAUUGUCUAUGCUACUGAGAAAAAGCAGACCAAGGUGGAGUUUCCCGAGGCUCGUGUCUACGAAGAGACACUAAACGCUCUGCUUUACGAGACUCUCCCGGUUCCUGACAACUCUCUCCUGGAGGCCACGCGCAGGCGAGCUCACUGCUGCUCACACAGCGAAGAGGACGAGAGCGUGGAGCUGAGAGAGCGAGUACGGCGUAUACACGUUAAGAGAUACAGCACCUACGACGACAGACCACUGGGACAUUAGCUGAGAAAAACCGAGUCUUUUCCACUCAAGGGCGAAAGCUCGCGUAGUCUACUGAGAGCUCACAUACACACGUUUGGGAAACAUUGUCGAGUGAGCAAAAACGAUAACACUAUUCAGACCGCCCUGUGAGCCGUGAACAAUCACACAAGGGUGUCGUAUAAAUCCAUUUCAUUCAGAUCCUGGUAGUCAGAUCAUUUUGACUGGUACUUAUUUUGGGGGGGAGGAGGAAACACUUGCCAGUUUUCUGGUGACGUAUCCUUAAGUGUACUGAACAGCGUGAAAGCGUGAGCUUUCGCCCACAGCCGAAAACUCUGUGAGAAAUGUCACACUACAUACAGGCAACUCUCUUCUUGAUGAUAUUUAACCACUGUUUUUUAAUUCUGCCGUAUCACAGUGAUGAAUCCUGAUAAUCUGGUCAAAGAAAAACAACAAUCAGAUUCUUUGUGUUCAGUUGCGUAGUGAAAAAGGACCAGCACCUUUUUAGAAUGAUAGUGUUUUUAGCCUCCUUUAAUGUUUUGUAGCUUUUGUAUAGACACUAGAAUUGAAAUGACUGAUAUACCACUUCUUGAAUAGCCAGCAUUGGUUUUCAGAACCUAAUCCUAUAAUGUGAACAUAACAAGACUUGCUGGUGUUUUUAAAACAUCUAUCUAUCUAUCUAUCUAUCUAUCUAUCUAUCUAUCUAUCUAUCUAUCUAUCUAUCUAUCUAUCUAUCUAUCUAUCUAUCUAUCUAUCUAUCUAUCUAUCUAUCUAUCUAUCUAUCUAUCUAUGAAUUGUAAUACUGACAACUUUUUUUUUUUUUUUAAUUGAAACACAUUGUAAACUAAUUGAGAAAAUAGCAAUGAUGACCAUAAUUUUGUUGUGUCUUUUUCUCUCCAUUGAUAUUUUAGGAUGCCUUAGUGCCACUCAUGCCUUCCUGUGUAUUAAGUAAACAGAACUGAGCCUAAAGUCAAAAUAAUUAAGUUAUUCCGCGAAACGGAGUCGUACACGAGCUGAUAGCUGGCAAGGCGCUGAAUCGGCUGUAAGCCAGGUACGACGAGAUUGAGUGGAAUAACUGUUUUAUUCUAUCCACAGUCACUGAAUUUUGAGAAACGGAGCAUUUUUAUUUUUUGCAAAUGUGAUCAGUAAAAACUUUAUACCAAACAUUUGUUUACAUUUCCGCUUAGAAUAUAAACAAACCGGCGAAAUGACGGGAGCAAUUUGUGAAAAAUGCAAUAAUAAUUCUUGAAAAAUAGUGUUCUUACUAUCAAAUACUUUUUUUGGGGGGGGGGUGUUAUUUCAUCCUCGGUUGGUUCAGCAACAUGCUCCGCCAUUUUGUUUUUCUCUACUCAUGGUAUAUGAGCUGAUAUAUAUCCUAGUAGUAGAGUAGCCAAUCAGAGCACGCGAUCGCUCAUAUCCAGUGAAUGUGGAAAGUAUAAAUUCUGAUCUAAGAUUUAAUCAUGUAAUGGAGGAAUCGGAGAAAAAUUGGAUACAGAUUGUGCUUUUGGAGUUCACUAAUGAUAUAUUUGUGAUUCUUGAUAAAUGAUAUAUUUUCUUAAAUCCGUAGGUUUAUUUUAUGAAGCCUUUCAUAUUCUUUAUAAAUGAUUUUAUUUAA